AUGAGUGACGCUUCGGUGGAAGUGGAAGUAGAGCUAGAACAAGGCCUUUUGGGAGGAGUGCAACAACACCAAGACCAGAACAAUCAGAAGCCCCAUGCCAAGUCGCCAUUGGUGGAGAAUUUACAAUCGUUGGUGGCGGGCGGCGUCGGAGGGGUGUGCGCCGUGUUGACGGGCCAUCCUUUCGAUUUAGUCAAAGUGCGGUGUCAGUCGAACCAGGCGCGCAACGCUACAGACGCUGUAGCGCACAUUCUAAAGGAGGCGCGCGCUGCAUCGGGUCCUGCGUCCGUAAACGCCGUGCGCGGGUUCUACCGCGGAGUGGUUCCGCCAUUGUUGGGGGUGACGCCGAUCUUCGCGGUUUCCUUCUGGGGGUACGAUGUGGGGAAAAAGUUGGUGACACAUUUUCCCUUUUCGGCUUCUGAAUCUACGGCGGCUAAUGCAACAAAAAAAGAACUAAGCACUGCGCAGAUGGCUGCAGCAGGGUUUAUCAGUGCGAUUCCCACUACGCUAGUGACUGCGCCAACGGAGCGCGUCAAAGUCGUAAUGCAGACGACGCAGGGGAAAACGUCGUUUGCAGAUGCAGCGCGCCAGAUUGUGCGCACACAGGGGUUCCAGUCGCUUUUCAAGGGGUCGUUGGCGACAUUGUCGCGGGACGGGCCCGGAAGCGCAUUAUACUUUGCGAGUUACGAGGUGUGCAAAGAGUUCUUGAACAAGAUGAGCGGACAUAAGAGCGGUGAAUUGUCGAUCACGAAUGUUUGUAUUAGUGGAGGAUUGGCUGGAGUUUCGAUGUGGGCGGUUGUGUUCCCGAUUGAUACAGUGAAGACGCAAUUGCAGUCAUCUUCGAAGCGGCAAUCGAUGGUGGAAGUGACGCGCGAGAUCUACCGUACAAGAGGCGGGAUCAAAGGGUUUUUCCCUGGGAUUGGGCCUGCGAUGUUGAGAUCGUUCCCAGCGAAUGCGGCGACGUUUUUGGGGGUGGAAAUGACGCAUUCGUUGUUCAAGAAGUACGAGCAGAGGGGUCGUGGCGCGUCCACACUGGCGUGA